AACGAAUCGAAGCCCUAAAUCAGCAGAAGAAAGCCAUUCUCGGCGUGUAAUUGAGUCUCAUCUUACUACUGAGCAACACCUAACAAACCCAUACACCCUCCGGACCCAGUCCGACCAUGGAUCUCGUCUCGUCCAUCCGCAAAGAAGGCUCCCGUGGUGGAGUCGACUUCAAAUGGUCCGACGUCGAGUCCUCGACCCGCCGCGAAAACUACCUCGGCCACUCGCUCAUGGCCCCCGUCGGUCGGUGGCAGAAGAACCGCGAUUUGAACUGGUACGCCAAGGCGGACGACACGCCGGCGGGCGAAGGAGAGACGGAGGAGGAGAAGAAACAGAGGCUGAGGAAGGAGGAGAUCAAGGCGAUUAAGGAGGCUGAGGAGGAUGCCCUUGCUCGCGCUCUGGGAUUGCCGGUGAAGGAGAGGGUUAGCGAUGCGAAUGCUACGCCUGUGGGGCAACGGGAAAUAAGGAAGGCGGUGCAGGAUGUUGAGCCUGGGGACCAGGAGACGGAGGGACAGGGGAGAUUUGGGGGAUUUGUUGGUGCGGUCGGUGAUAAUGAUCAGAAACUCGUGUUGGAUGAUGGUUUGGAAGGUGCCGGACCAGGCGGCUUGGCUGUGGCGGAUGAACGGAAAUCUAGGCGUGACGAUGAUAGGGGCCACAGGCGAAGGGGUGACGAUGAUGAGGACAGAAGGGCUAGGCACAGGCAUCGCCAUCACCACAGUCGGAGGGAUAGGCCACGUUCAAGUUCGAGGGGCUAUCGGCACGAGCGGAGUGACAGGUAUCGGCAUCGGGAUACGGGGGACAGGAGCAGGAGUCCAGACAGGCGGGGCGAUGGAGAUAGAGAGUCCCAGAGAGUUCGGAAAUCGAGUCGGGAAAGGAGAAGCAGCAGGGAGAGGGGUCACAGCAGAGAACGGAGACGACGUGAGAGGAGUCCGGAUAAUCGACAGAGGGAUCGCAGUCGGGACAGGGGACACAGCAGGGAAAGGAAGAGGAGAGAGCGAAGCCCGGAUACCAGACCGAGAUAAAGGAGGGGUCGGGAUGGGGAGUGAGGGGGACAGUUAAAUUGAACGGAUUCGGAACCCAGACUUUGGUUAAGAAUGUUCAGAGCAAUCACGCGGUGAUUCAGCACAUAGGAGAGUUGUUCCGUUAAUAUAGUGAAACUCAAAUGUUAAUACAACUGUUCAGUGUUCUUGCUCUGGUUAUGCUUUCGUCCGUAGCACCUCGCUGCUGCCAAAUAUCCCACCACGGACUAUCUGAACUUAGGUAACGACCAUAAUGUCCCUCCACAGUCUAUCACGACUCAAUAACGACCAAACGCCUCCCCAAAAACACAGCAACGACCAAAAACCUCCUAAAACGCAGUAACCUCCCAAAACGCAGUAACGACCAAUCCUCGAAACACAAUGCCCAUGGGUAUAUAUAUAAAAACGAAACGAAAGAAACAAGCCCUCCUGCUCCAUCGCUAAACUUCGAGUAGGUGAUGUCGACCUACCAAGGAAGGUUUGAUAACCUGUACGGUGACCUGCAUAGGAAAUGAAAAGGAAG